AUGCAUUGUACAUUGAGCUUUAAUGGCGGGGUUAUGAAUUGCCCGACGCGUAGACUCGCACUCCUGUCAGCAUGUGCCUUUUAUCCUGGUUCUUACUCUGCUAGGUUUUCAACCACUCAAAAGAGAUGUUUAACAAAAGUUUAUUCAGAACAUCCUGACCUCAUCAAAAUUGUAUCUAAUGAGUUCAUACUGAAACCAGAUUUUGUGACGGAGGAAGAGGAGUUAGGCUUGAUAGACGAACUUGAUUCAGUACUUUGCAAACGAAAGUACCAAACACAACACUGGGAUUAUGCUAUUAAAAAUUUUCGUGAAUUAGAACGUAGAAACUGGCAUACACGGAAUCAACCUGUUAUCGAUCGAUUAAAAACAUUCACUGCUAAAAGCAGUGAAUGUUUAACUACAGUAACAAAGGAAGCAAAUGUUUCAGAUAGUGACCAGUUAGUGCUACCAUUAAUUCAUGUUUUGGAUUUAGCUGAAAAUGGGGAAAUAAUGGCCCAUGUAGAUAGUGUAAAAUUCUGUGGACAAUCCAUUGCUGUAUUAAGUUUACUUGAUCAUUCAAUUCUACGUUUAAGUGUUGCUCCACACAGUGAAGUUAUUGGUAUACCACAAGAUCAAUACAAUCAUUUGCAUACAUUACACUUACCUGCCAUUGGUUCAUGGAUAGAUAUUUAUAUACCUAGACGAUCAGUUUAUCUACUAUGCGGUGCAUUGCGCUACCUUAUGACACAUGCAAUUUUAUCCAAUGAACAAGUGAAUGAUAAUCGCAAAAAUAAUUUACAAACGAAGAACCACCAACAUCAACAACAACAAUGCAUGAAUGAUUUGUACAAUAUCCAUCGUGGACGACGUCUAUCGAUUAUUUGUCGUACACAUGCUAUUCCUAAUCUUAUUCCUUAUUAUAAUACUACUAAUAAUACUGAUAAUCAUGAAGAAAGUAAUGUGGAAAACUUGUCAAUAAGUGUAAAAAAUGCUUAUAUAAAUGAAAAUGUAUAG